GACAAUAUAUCAACAUGUCUCUUGCUCAGUGGUUCGGAUUUUGACUCUUCGAUCGGCAAAUCUAAAUUCUACAAUAACUGUAGAAUUAGGCCUCUUUGGCGACUGACAGUUAUCUGAGAUAGUCAAGAUGGGUUCCCCAAGAACAGAUGUAUAAGUUGUGGAUGCAUUAUAGUUCAAAGAGAGACAUCCAGCUUUUCAAGACAUAUGUUGAUAGAUUUCUUCAACAGUACCCAUCUUCAAUCGAUUUGGAAUUUAAACAUAUAGCUGAAGGGAGGACUCUGACUGGUCCCAACUCAGCGACCCUUCCUGAUGGACUGUUAGAAACAUUGGUAGUUGAACUAGCAUCUUGUAGCCACCAGUGCCAAGAGAUCAUAUCAGAUUGGGAUGUCUUACAGUACGCUACACAGAUCGUACAGGUGCUCAUUGCCACAUGCAGACACCAUGACAACAUUGCCCUCGUUGGAUCCUGUGAAUAUUUCAAGCACAUCAUUCCUCUGGCCGCAGCUGCCUUUAAAACGAUUCCAUCGCAGGAAGGUCUUUACCGAGAACUUCUUGUGAACUUCAUCCAGCAUUCCUUGCAUCUGUUAGAAUGUAUGUAUGACCCUUUGCAUCUAUGGAGGAGACAUCUCUCAAAUCAUGUUGGUAACACAACGCAGAGUUCCCGACCGGCUCUCUUAAGUGUCGAGGUGGUGCCAUUCUUUUACGAUUGUUUGUCCAAUCCUACCUGGUCAAUAGCCAUCAAGUCAGGCCUACACUGUCACGUCCUUCAUAUGUUUGGUGCUAUUGUCACUGGUUCAAAGCCCAAUGCCCAGAUGGCAACAACACCCCCUACAGUUGACAUGCUAUUCCGCUUACUGACAAGCGAGUCUGACCAUGGCGUGACAAAAGGACCCGACUCUGAGAAACACUCGGUUACUGAGCUGGUACUCCGAUGUCUAGUUCAGAUGAUCAAGGUUAUACACAGCUGCUGCCCUGAAGAAAGGCAAGUAGAAUUGAGUGAGUUAUUGGAGCAACUUCUCCAGGCACUGAGGAGUAGCCAUAGAAACAGUGAUGUACAAUAUGCAAUAUUCAGAAGCAUCCCACAGACAUUAUUAGAUUCUUGCGGCAACAGGAGUAGCCUCCAGAGGGCGUUUGUCAAAGCAGAUGUAUUCACAACUCUUUUAACCAUCUUAGAAACAGCAACCGUUUCCGAUGGCAACAAGCAAUUAGCCGUCUUCUUCACGGUUCAUCUACUUGGUGCUAUUCUCAAUGGAUCUCUUUAUGCAAAGGAAAUCUUCAAGGAGACGAUAGGUUAUGAGAAACUAGGGGAGUUAAUUGAUCGGUUGGGGAGUCCCUCUCAGGAACUCAUUGACACCUUGAUGGAUAUGGUAUUUGACACCUCUUACAAACCAGACAACAAGCUUCUCAUCCAGAACACGGGCGUGGUCUCUCUCCUCCUCUUCCUCCUCCCCCGCAUCCAUCACAACCCCACCCUUCAGGAGUUUGUCGUCGAUGGCCUGGCCCACAGCUGCGUGUCAUGUGACUACAACCGCAUGCAGUGUUGCUAUGACGGCAUUGUGUCAGGGGUGAUCAGAGCCCUGCAGUGCAGGGAACAGUUGCAUCGGAAAACAGAAGAGAGGUUAAUAGGCCUAUUAGAAUCAUUAGGAGCUUACAGCAUUACAUCAUCUCAACUCAAGGCUCUGAUUGGUCUAAUGAGAGGUGAAGAUGACCAAUCACUGUCCUCGAACUGCACUAGACUAAUGAGGGCGCUGUCUAGAAUGGCACGGAAAGAGGGCAAACUUAGUGCACAUCAUUACUUUGACUUUCAAGCAGAUGAUACAGGCAUAUCAAUUCCAGCAAUCAAGAAGUGGCCUGGUAGUAGUUUCAGCUUUCAUACGUGGGUGUGUCUCAACACCACUCCUGUUACUCUUGAGAAAGGACUCUACAGGAGGCAACUAUAUAGUUUCUACACUGCCAGUGGGUGUGGUUUUGAAGCGUUCUUCACGUUAGAUGGCGUCCUGGUCGUAGCUGUCUGCACCAAGAAGGAAUUCUUCUCCGUGUCUCUCACUGAUUAUCCAAUCACAGAUAACAACUGGCAUCAAGUGAACAUUGUCCACUAUGGUUCCAAGCGACCAUUCGUCCAGAGUCAACUCUCUGUCUUUGUGGAUGGUUUUCUUCGGCAAACAUCACAGCUAAAGUUUCCUGCAAUGGGAGAGCCUUUUGUUUCCAGUUUCAUAAGUUCACCACCGUCAUUCAACUCCCUGGAGCAGGAUGUCGUCGAGCUAGAUACCACUGCCGGUAUGAGACCUCGAUCAACAUCAACAACCACCAUUCCUUCUAAGAGGCCCUUUGCCCUGCGCGUUUUGAAAGGCCAGUCGCAGUCUGUAUCUGAGGAUUCAUCAGUGAGCAUGGUUCCAGCAAACAUGAAAUACUUAGAAUGGGGCUCUUCAAGGUCACUCCAAGGUCAGAUGGGAAGUGCCUGUGUGUUCUAUGAUACCCUGACCCCACUACAGGUCAAGAAACUUUACGCAGCUGGUCCCAACGUACUAACCCUGUUCCAGGUUGAUGAUCCAGACCUGGCGGAUCUCAACAGCAAGGUCUUGAUCUACUACCAUGGUAAGGCUUGUAAGGACAGUACCUGCAUGGAUCUCUCCAGGAACCAGCCCUAUGACGGAGCUCUGACAGGACACAGCUGUAGUACUGGUCGUCCUAAGGAUGUAUUGAAUUGCAUUGGUGGGGUCCAGGUCCUCUUUCCACUUCUUGAGCUUUCGCUUCAAGACCAAGCGGGGUCAGAGGUCACAACCCCAGAGGAAGUAGAAUCCCCAACAUCAUCGGUCAAUGUUGACAAUGUAGAUGAAGACUGGGAGAUCCUACCCACAAACAUGCAGUGUGAGGCAAAGCUAGAAAGGAACCGAAUCUCCGGCUUCCUGUCCCUCCUGAAGAAUGUUUGUAUUGGACAUUCCAUCAACCAAGAACUCCUUCAUAAAACACAAGGUCUAGCUACGAUAGGAGCUCUAUUGCAGAAGGCUGACUCUGCCAUUAUAGAUGUCAACGUCCUAAUGGCCGUUCAACUCAUCGUGGAGUCCGUCUGUGCAGGGAACCCUCAUCUCCUGAAAGCUGCUCACCGUCACCUGCUCUUUGACUUCAGGAUAUGGAGUAGAAGUGAUUUCCCUGUUAGAAUUGGUCACAUACAGUACUUAGCAACCAUAAUCAAGGAUAAUAGGAAGACCUUUCGCAAGGCAUAUGGAGUGCAAUUCAUGCUUGAUGUCAUAAGAACAUACUACAGCGGUCAAACUGACAUCACAGUUGAUGAUUCCAAAGCCAUCAGACAUUCCCUGCGAGGAUUGAUCAGAUACUACGUCUAUCGGAGUAUCACAAGUCAAGAGCUGCAGUGCAUUCUGGGAUUCAUCACAGCGGUCAAGGAGCAGGCAUUGAUUGAAGAGGCCCUGGAUCUUCUGUUGACCCUCCUUGAGACCCCAGGUAAGGACCAGUUGCUCCAGCUCCUCUUUGAGCAUGGAUCAGCAGAUCUACUCUAUGUCCUUCUCACCAGACCAGAGUACUCAGAUGGUGUCCAAGUCAGGGUACUCAAGCUAUUUGCUGGAAUGCUGCACUCGACCAAGGUACAAGAGAAGAGCAAGACUAGGAUCCGUCUUCAAGACAUUGGUUUCUCUGGUCUAACCCUACUUAUGGAACAUGCUACUGUUAGUAUGUCAGUAGCAAGGACUCUGGUCGAAUUAGUUACAGAGGGUCAUCUAAAUCACAGAGGCCUGCUUGCUGUUCUGAAGGUACUUCAUUCAUCUAAUGCAUUGGUUAAGUUAGAAGCUUGCACCCAGCUGCUUCACAUCCUUUACACACAACCCGAUGCCAGGACACAGAUAGCCAAGAUUCCUGGCUGGCAGGAUACCCUUGCCCGUCUCCUCAUCAAGACACAGGACAAUGACAACAAUAGCCUUGGUGUGGAGAUGAACGGUUUCUUCAGCACAAAGCAACUCCAGGCAUCAGAGUCGUCUCUGGAUAGUCUGCCGAAUGAAGACAUUGAUGGUCAAGCCUUGCCAGUGACCACCAACCAUCCGCCUUUCACUUCGGUUUCGAACACAGCAGAGGGUUUUCCAAGCCCUAUCACCACGACAAGCAACGGAACUGUCGCAUAUGAGUCGCCUCCUCUGAACUCUGAGCGUCUUGACCAAGUGAAGCUGGAUCGUGAACGAAGCUAUUCAGCCACAACACCAGUCUGCGCAAGGCCAACGCAAAUCAUUAUCGAUCGGUCGCACUGUAAUUCUGACAACUCCCCUUCCAUGCCAAAAACCUUUCCAAUCCAGUCUUCAUCGAGCUGGUCGUUACCUAUAUCUGUCGAUACUGAUUCCAUUGCAACAGAAAGCACAUUAAGCAUAGAUACACCCGAUGAUUCCAGCAUCCUCUGUGUUGUUGAUAGUGGUGUGAGCCUUACAAGGCCAUCAGACUUGGAUAUUUCUUUAUCAGAGAGAGAUGAGCCUAACUUUGAUCUAAGUCCCGGGGGUAUCAUUCAGAAGGAGAGGAAUGAGCAGACCUUGGUUGAUACCUUGAUAGAGAUAUUAGUUCAGACCAUGUGGUUAGGAGUAGAUGGAAGCUCAGAAGAAGCAUGGAUUGCCAGAGGUCAAAUCUUCAAGUGCAUCGCUGACCUCUCAAACUCCCAUCCAAUCUUGCGACCGGCCAAUCAGAUCAAGCGUCAGAUGCUGGAGAAACUGCUUGAGGGUGCUGCAGGGGACAUCAAGACGGCUGGUACACCAACAGCUGCUAAUGCAGAGAACGCCCUCUAUCUUGUCAAGCUUGUUUAUGAUUUCUUGUUUGGUGUUGCUGGCUCAGAACCAACUAGCUGGAGUGUCAAGUUGGAAGAAGGAGUCGUUGACCUUCUUGACCUCCUCCAAGUAUGGACAGAUACAAGUCACAUGGAGGAAUGGAAGGAGAUGUCACAUCUUGGACUUCGGUUGCUGCUCAGGUUUUCCUCUCACAAUAACCUGGAGAUCUGUGCAAUGGCAUCUGCAAGGCUACACCAUCUAAUCCAGUCUCGACCGAUCACAUCUCCAAGUGAAGCCUGCUUCUUCUUAGGGUCAUUGGAUGAAGCCCUCAUACAAAGCUUAGAUGAUACAGAUGGCAAGGAGGAUACGUUUGCCUACAUGAUCCCGUUAGCCAGGGCCAUGGUUGACAAGUAUAGGGAUGAGCUGGGUAUGUCGUCGUUCCUGGUCAACCUCCCUUCCACCGAUACCAGUCCGACCUUCGUUGAGGACUUCAGGGAGUACUGCAAGUCAGAAGAAUGGAGGAUGUAUAUUGAGAAACAGGUGCAGCCCUUCAUGCAUGAGUACAUCACCAAUAACUACUCUGAUAUCACGGCCAAGAUGUCUAAAUACUGGAGGAAAUGCUUUGAUGUCCUCAAUAUAAACAUCCACAAAAGAGAAAGGGAAAGAGGAGAAAGCAAGCUCAAGUUCACUACCCAAGUGAUUGAGCCAUUCAACACAUUGUGCAAGACAGAGAAUGCUAGACACGCCUCCACAUGCAAUAAACUGACCAAUCAGCAUCAGUCUACAUUGAGGCAAUGGAGGGCUGCAAAGAGGUUUUUGAUUGGUGAAAGAGGAGCUUGGGCUGAGAGGAAUCCACAGGAAAUCUUCUGGAAGCUGUCUUCUCAGGAGAACUUCUCCCGGAUGAGACUUAAACUAACCCAAAACUACAACUAUGAUCAGCAUAUAGAUGCCAGUCAGCAGAGAGAUAACACAGGCAUAGCUACUGAGGCAUCUCAGACGCUUCCUUUGGCAGUGGCUAAAGAAGCAAGGGUCAGUGAUAUGGAGCUUCAAGAUGACAGACUAGGAGAUGAAGAGUGGAACCUGGUCAAUGUAGAAACUGGUGGGGAGGAGCAUGGAGAGACGGUCAAGGAGAAGGUGGUCAUUUCAGAGGAAUGUCAGCUCAUCACCCUAGUGGAUGUCAUUCCUGGUAAACUGGACAUUACCACAACCCAUGUAUACUUCUAUGAUACUAGUCCUGAGAAGGAAGAAGUUUUUGGACAAGAUUUCAAAUGGUCACUGUCUCAUCUGAGGGAGGUUCAUCUCCGUCGUUACAACCUGAGACGUAGCGCAAUUGAGGUCUUCUUCAUCAACCAAACUAAUUACUUUAUCAACUUCAAAAACAGGAAGACAAGGAAUAAGGCGUAUAGCCGGAUCCUUAGCUUGAGGCCACCCAAUCUGUACUACACUGGGGCCAAGUCACCAGCAGACCUUCUCAAGGCAUCAGGUCUGACUCAGAAGUGGGUGAACAGGGAGAUCUCCAACUUUGAUUACCUGAUGCAGCUGAAUACCAUAGCAGGAAGGACAUAUAAUGAUCUCAGCCAGUACCCUGUGUUUCCAUGGAUCUUGUCUGACUAUUCUUCAGAAGAGCUUGACCUGGAGAACCCAGAAGUAUUCCGUGACCUUUCCAAACCCAUUGGGGUCGUCAACCCUAAGAACAUUCCAGAAGUGCAGAGCAAGUAUGAGAACUUUGAGGAUCCAUCAGGUACUAUUGAUAAGUUUCACUACGGCACCCACUACUCUAACGCUGCUGGAGUCAUGCACUAUCUUGUUCGAUUGGAGCCGUUCACAAUGCUUCACAUCCAGCUCCAGAGUGGAAGAUUUGAUUGUGCAGACCGUCAGUUCCAUUCAAUUGAAUCCCUGUGGGAUACGUUGAUGGAGAACCCUAACGAUGUCAAGGAACUCAUCCCUGAAUUCUUCUACCUGCCAGAGUUUCUUGUCAAUGACAACAAAUUUGACUUGGGAUGCCUGCAGACAGGAGAGCCAGUGAAUGAUGUCAUCUUGCCAAAUUGGGCCAAGUCACCCGAAGACUUCAUCCACAAACACAGACAAGCUCUUGAAAGUGACUAUGUUUCCAGUCAUCUUCAUGAAUGGAUCGAUCUGAUCUUUGGUUACAAGCAGAAAGGACCUGCUGCCGUGGAGGCUCUCAAUGUCUUCUACUACUGCACGUAUGAAGGUGCUGUGGACCUCGAUGCGAUCAAAGAUGACAUACAGCGUCAAGCUGUAGAGGGCAUGAUCAACAACUUUGGCCAGACACCUUGCCAACUCUUGAAGGAACCCCACCCGUCAAGACGUCUUGCAUCAUCGCCGGAGGAGAGCACAAGAUCGAAAGGGCUUAUGAGGACACAACCAAACUUCCACAACAUCUUUGAGCAUCUGGAUGAGCUCAAAGCUUUCUUUGUGGAGGCCUCAACAUCUGACAAUGACCCACUGGUCUAUGUGAGGGUUCCUAAAAGCCAAACUAAAUCCUUCAUCUAUCAGGGUAUGCCUGACACCAUGGUGACUGUAACUCAGAAAGGUGUGGUCGGUACCCACAGCUGGCUCCCCUAUGACAAGAGCAUCUCCAACUACUUCACCUUUGAUCGGGACUCCACCCUCCUCAGCUCCAAAACUCGGAAGUUGGUGAGUGGACCGUUCGCCCCAGGCAUUCACGUAACCGCCAGGCUAUUUGUGGCUACACACGAUGCUCGUCUCCUUUUCGUUGUUGGACAUUGGGACAACAGCCUUCGUGUGUUCAACCUCAAGAGCAGUGGACGUCUGGUCGCACACGUCACCCGUCACAUGGAUGUAGUCACAUGUGUUGCCCUGGAUGGGUGUGGCAUGCAGCUCAUCACCGGGUCACGUGAUACCACCUGUAUGGUCUGGGAGAUCACUUACCAGAAUGGAAUGGCAAGUGGUAUUAAUAACAAGCCAAUUCAAACCCUCUAUGGUCAUGAUGAUGAAGUCACUUGUGUUGCUCUUAGCUCUCAGCUGGACAUGGCAGUAUCAGCUUCAAAGGACGGUACCAUCAUUGUCAACACAAUCUUGAAGGGGCAUUAUAUCCGAACCUUGCGGCCCCCUAAUGAUCCCAACGCCCCUCUAUCAAUCCCCUGCCUAGCCAUCUCAGAAGAGGGGCAUAUUAUUAUCCAUCUAAGACAACCAGCAGCUAGCAAGCAUAUGCAGGGGAAAGAUAUCCCUCGUAAGCAGUCUACUGCAAGCAAACCAGCUCCGGAUCACUGUAGUCUUCAUCUGUAUUCAGUUAACGGCAAGCACCUAUGCUCUGAGAUGAACGCAGGCUGUCUCACCGACAUGGAGGUCGUAGAAGACUUCCUGUUGACCUCCGACAGCAGAGGGGUCAUCUGCUUCAGGAAGAUAUUUGAAUUAAAGGCUGCCACCACUAUGCGCCUUCAGCUACCCGUUCACUGUCUAUCUGUUGUACCUACUAAGAGUCAAGUACUAGCCGGUUUACGAGAUGGUAAGCUCAUUAUCGUAUCCAUAGACAGACCUCCAGAAGCAAGGAAACUACUUGGACGUUGAAACAACCCUGCUCAGGGGCUAAGAAAUCAUUGCGUCUUCCAAGCUUGUAAUCAACCGUGAUGCCUUUCAUACAGACUCCGCAGGUUAACCAAGGACCAAUGCACAUAGAUGGAACUCCAUAAAGCAGGAUCAUUUCUGUUUGUAGUCACAAUGCUAGCUUCUCCUUUUUUGUUGGUAUAUGGGCUGUUUCUGAAAGCAGAGGGUGUAAAAUAGAGGUCUAAUAUGCGUCAAGAGGUGAUUUUGAAGUUUCAGUGUUACAUAUGGGUGAGAUGAGGUCAAAUAUAGGUCAAGAUAGAGACCAUGAAGUCAUUGUUUAUAUGUAAAAUGAAGGAGAGGUCAGAUGAGGUCAAACGUAGGUCAAGAGGUCAUGAAAUCAGGUUAAGGAAUGAACGAUGGGUCAGAUGAGGUCAAAUUAUGUCAAAUAUUGGUCAAGAGGCGGUAAAAUUAUGUCAUAUAUUGGUCAAGAUAUGGUCAUAUGUUAUAAGUGAAGUGGAGAUGCUCUAUUGAUGUCAGAGACCUAUAACUUCAAAGUUUGAGUUAAAGGUCAUGCAUUAUUGAAGAAGGUCACAUUUGUAAAAAGUUGAUUUACUAUAAAUGCUGCACACACAGACCAUAUACUCAAUGGCAUGCCAUACACAGUUGGAUAAGUGAGGUUUUUCAGGAUGUUCUGUUUUAUUUAAGUAACUAUUGUAGGCAGUCAUUUAUUGCAUAAAUGUACUUCUUUCUGUCAUUUUUACCAAUUUCUUGCUUUUACUUCUCACAAAAAUUCACCAGAUUUUGUCAAACCUAAUUCUGUUUUUCCAAAUAAUUA